AUGAGCGCAUUCGCAAAACCUGCAGAUGAUCCUGCUGGUGCUGUGAAAAGUGCUGCUGAUCCCAGUGCCCUUACUAAAGCUGCGGAUCCUAAAGCCCUUACUAAUGCUGCAGAUCCCAAAAAACUGGGUGGAGGUGCCAACAUCUUGGAUGGAGCUGUAAAUACAAUCAAAGGAUUCACUGGAGGUUUCUUUGGAUUCUAA